AUGAGGGUCCCCCUCGAGGCCACAGGCUUACCGUCGAACUCCAGCUAUAUCCAUUCGCUUAUGUGGUGGAGUUGGACUUAUAGGCUCGCCAAGGUUGUCCCAGACUUUUGCGGUGCUAUUUUUGUCCCUUUUGGUCAAGGAUCCAUUUUAACCACUUCUUUGGUGAGGAGGGUGUGCCUUGCUUCUUUGCAGUGGAUACCCUCUUCGUGGUCACAGAUAAAACUCAUUGAGAAGCUAGUAAAGAUCCAAAAUGAUGGGACUGUCAAGGUUGAUCUAACUAAGAGUGCACCAGUAGCUUCAGAAUUGUUAGAACUUCAUUCUGUUGAAAGGGCACCUUCAAAUAUCGAUUACGUCACCACUGAUUUGAACAAGUCAAUUCCGAGACUGAAAAUUGCAAUGCUUGUGGUUGGAACAAGAGGAGAUGUUCAGCCUUUUCUUGCUGUGGCAAAGAGACUUCAGGAGUUUGGUCAUCAUGUUAGGUUGGCUACUCAUGCUAACUUCCGUAGUUUUGUGAAGUCGGAUGGUAUAGACUUUUAUCCUUUGGGCGGUGAUCCUCGGGUUUUGGCAGGAUAUAUGGCCAGGAAUAAAGGUUUCAUUUCAUCUGCACCGGGAGAAAUAUCUAUACAAAGAAAACAACUAAAGGCUAUUAUUGAAUCACUUCUUCCAGCGUGCAUAGAACCUGAUAUGGAAACUGGUGAGCCUUUUAGGGCUCAGGCUAUUAUUGCAAAUCCUCCUGCUUAUGGUGAGUCGUAA